AUGAUCCAUUAUAAUACCCUGCAAUACACUUCUUUAAUAAUUUUUGUUUUCGUCAACAUUUUAAAUACCCGAGUUACCUCAGUGAGCUUGGAAAUACAGCUGGAAAAUGUGGCCCUUCACAAGCCAGUCAUUCUGAGUGCCUACAAAAAUAAUUCUUUCCUCCAAAUUGCAACAGACGGCAUCAAAGAUCCUAAUUCGAUUUUGUCGUGCCCCAAGUCUGACUUGGAUGAGUGGAUCAUGGUUGACUUGCUCAGGAUUUAUCUUGUCAGUCAUGUUGAUGUUUACCCUAGCCCCUGCCCUCGAUGUCAUGGCCUAGAUUACUUCAGUGUGCGUCUUAUAAACCAAAUCAACCUGAAAACUCCAGUCCUGAAGCAAUGGUCGAACGUACUUUGUGGUCAGCAACGAUCGGUGGCCGACGACGUCGGCUUCAUGAGGGUCUACUGCGACACGACGGGCAACAAGAUGUCGGGAAGGUUUGUGGUGGUGCAACAGUUCCAUGCCAGAAAGAGUAGAUUUGCUUUGUCCGUCAGUGAGGUCGAAGUUUAUGGGGAAGAAACCUACGCUGAGUGGUACGAUGGCUGCUUCCUGAUCUUCAACGUCGGUGCCGGCACUCCAGAACUGUUGGUGAACAGUGUGAGAGAGUGCAAGGAACACUGUCAAGGACACUCACAUUUUUCACUCAUGAACGGAAGGACGUGCAGAUGCGGUGGCAUUCCAGAGCUUGAGGUCAGUUCAUUUCACUGCAACGCCAUCUGUCCAGAUCUGGUCAGUUUCUGCGGUGGAGCGCGCGCUUUUUCUGUUUAUACAGACAAGAGCACAGUUACGAGCAUGGCGCGGGGUUGGACGUAUUAUGGUUGCUUCCUGUACAACGACAAAGUGACCGCGGUGAUGGGCAUUCAGAGAAAGCCGCCGUUGUCGUCACUGUUGAAGCUGCUGGAGGAAGAGAUGUCGUCUACAUCGUCGUCGUCGUCGCUGACGUCAUCAAAUGUGUCACCUCUCAUCAAAUGCAUGGUCUACUGUGAGAAGUUGACGGUCUUUGCUAUCAAGGUUGUACUUUCAUUGAUGUCUUCAUGCUGGUGGGUUCGAUUGAUUGUCGUUGUUUGUGGGCAGGAUGCGGAUGAUUACGGUGCUUACAAUAAGAUGGUGGUAAUGGUGAUAAAACCACUCAGAGGGAUUGUAAAAUGA